AGGCUGCCAGUGCGCACCACCCAAGUUCAGGGAGGGAGGAAUCAUGCAGCCUUUAUUUUGCUCUACGUCAACUCCCAUCGAGUGCAUUAACCACUGUGCUGCACCUUGGAGCGGCGCGUGUCGUGUGACUGGGGACGGCUCGCGCUGAUUAGUUUUACGCGCAGGACGUGACAGAGGAAAAGCCGGGAUUCUGUUGCUGCACUUCUCGACGACGGCAUCUGGGAAGAGAAAGGGGGUGAACUGCCACCAUGUUCAAGAAGAAGAGCUCCAAGAAUAGCGUGACCAUCACGCCCAGAAACAAGAUGACCAACAUCGAGCUGUCUGCACUCAUUGAGAAGCUGCAGAGGAAUGCUGACAAGGUGGAGAAGAACAUUUAUGAGACAGAGCAGAAUCUGAACAAAGAUGUGAAUAAGAUCAAUGAGGGCAAGCAGCCUUUAUAUCAGGAUGACACCAACAAGAGGAUCAUGAAUUCUCUGGACUUACUGAAAGGCCUGGAUGAGGAUGCUGCUGAAGCUACUCGCCUGCAUCACCCACAGGCUGAGAUGAUUGAGCAAGAUGUAAAGCAGCUCAGGACCAGAGUUUUGAAACUCCGAGACGAACAUGCUAGGAUAUACAACCUUACUCGCUCGGAAGGGCUCCCUACCGUUGACUGGGGUCAGAUCAUGGAUGAGAAACAGCGGAAUCUCAAUAAUAAAAGCUUUGGGAAUGAUUUGCCCACGGUUGAACAAGAAGUGGAGGAGCACAACAUCUUCCAUAGUGAAGUGGAAGCUCUUGGACCUUACAUAGCAGAAGGCGACGACAAGGGUUAUUCUAGUGGCCUUCAGAUAAAGUAUAACAAGCUUCUGAACAACUCAAAGGAGCGUAAACAGCACCUCCUUAGUCUGAGGGACUACAUGCAGCGUUGCACCAAUGAGCUCUACUGGCUGGAUCAACAGACAGAGGAACGUGUAAACUACGACUGGAGCGAUGCAAACCUGGACUACCCAUCCCGACAAAGGCAGUAUGAGAACUUUGUCACCAAAAGUCUGGAAUCCAAAGAAGCCAUUGUAAAACAGCUGGAUGAAGAUGGAGAUAAACUUAUUGCUGCAGAACAUCCUGGAAAAAAUGUUAUUGAGGCCCACAUGGAAGCAGUGCAUGCUGACUGGAAGCAGUACCUCAAUCUGCUCAUUUGUGAGGAAAACCACCUCAAGAAUAUGGAGGAGUACCACAAGUUCUACAAAGAUGCAAGGGAUACCCAGGAACUGCUGAAACGUCUGGACACAGAGAUCACACAGAAGUACAACCCUGACUUCAAAGACAUAUACCAGAUGGAGGGCCUAAUCUAUGAUUUGGAUGACCAGGCAAAGGCGAUGGACCGCUAUGAUGAGCGCGUGAAAGCCCUGCAGAAGAGGAGCCAGCAGGUGCUCCCCCUGAAGUUCCGUAGGGAGACUCCUCAGAAACUCCUUCCAGUGGUGGCUCUCUGCGACUUUGACACGGAGGGAGACCAGAUUGUCCGUGGUGAAAAGUACACCCUCCUCAGGAAUAAUGGGAGCAAGUGGGACAUAAAAGAUGCCACUGGACAAAAACUGUCUGCUCCAGCUGUCUGCUUUAUAAUCCCUCCAACUGACCCAGAUGCUGUUUCCAUUGCUGAUAAACUUUCCAGCCAACAGAAGGCCCUCAAACAAAACAUCUCCUACAGCAAAGGAUCCCUGCAGAAACGCCUUGAUGAACUUAAGAGAGAUAGCUCAAGUGGUACCGAUAAGCAAGAGCAACAGUGUCGCCAGCUGAUGGCUAGUCUGGACAAGGUGAUCAAUGACCUCGACAAGCAAGAGAGGGAAAUCUAUUCACGUGUGCGCCCUCCACUGGAACAGAACCGCCCAUUGCAGGACAGCACAGACAGGCUUCAAGACCUUAAGGAUAUUAAGGCUGCUGUUUGGAAGAUAGAACCAGAGAAGUCCUCCAAAGUCCGUGAGGCUGAAACUUUCCUGACCUCCAACCCAAAGUGCAGUAGUUCCCCACAACUCUACUCCAAAGUGGAUGAAGCCAACCAAAAGUCCGACAAGGUCAACUCACUACUGAAACUCUCAGAGGACAGACUUCAAGAUUCCAAUCGCCUGGACAAUUCUCUACAGAAUGGGAAGACUCUGUUGUCUACCUAUGAGAACAAGUUAGCUAGAGAGGAAGUUGCACCCUCUGAUCUGAGCUCCUUGGAAAGAGCACAACAAGAUCUGCUUGCAAUGUCCUCUGAGCUGAAAGCAAAGAAACCUGUCAUCCUGGAGGCAGAGCAGAACCUGAAGGCUGCCAAAGGCAGCGCUGAGGUGAUGGCUAAAAAGCUACAGGAACACUGUCCUGACAUUGAGCGGCAAGAGGCCGAGGUCAACAAGCUCAGCAAGCGUUACGACAACCUCAACAAGCAAAUUGAUAUAAGAUCUCAGAGCCUUCAGAGAGCCAAGCUGUAUUACACCAACUAUCGAAAUGACUACGAUAAUCUAAACAACUGGCUUUCACGAGUGCCAAACUAUGAACCACGGGAAAGUGAUGAUGCCAGACAAGUGGAGGCAAAACUGAAAAACCAAAGAAACCUUCUCUCUGAAAUUGCAAGGAAAGAAUCUGAAUUAAACAAUGUUUCAAAAAAUGCUCAACUGUACCAACAAGCAGUCAAGGAUUAUGAAACUGAAACUGGGAAAUUUAAGUCAAUUCUUGACCUUGAAGAUGGUUUAAUCCCACAGACCUACAAAAGGAGCAGAGUGGAAUCCCCUGCAGUUAAAGUCCAGCAUGAGGAAUCUGCUAUUGAAGCUAAGUUUACGGAGGUAAACGCUGUGAAUAAACAAAGACUACAGAACCUGGAGUAUGCACAAAGUCUUUUGAAUCAGCAACCAGAGAUCCUCGUAAUGCAGCAGAAUGUUCAGUCUGUGAGAGCUUCACCACCGGGCGAAGAACGCUGGAGAAUACAGAAGCAACUUGAUGAUGAGAUUCAUAGGAGGGAGCAACUAGAAAAAGAAAUCCAAACAAUUCAGACUGAAAUUUAUAUGCUAGAGGGCCAAAAACCUCAAGACACAAUUGUCAAGAAGGAGGUGAUCAAGAAGGUUCCUGAUCCACAACUGGAUGAGGAGAUCCACAAAGUUCAGCAAAAACUAUCAGAUGAGCAAAGAAUAACCAGGGCUCUAGAGAGUGAACUGGAGACUCUACGUCUCAAACUGCGCGGUUAUGAGCGAGAAAAGAAAGAAGAUGCACAGCAGUACAUUGUUAAGGAAGUGCUACGCAUUGAGAAGGACAAGGCCCAGGAAGAGGAAGUGAGAAAGCUGAAGGAAGAGCUAGAGGAGCUCAGGAGACAGAAGAUAAGCAAAGAAAAUGAGAUCACUGUGAUUCAAAAACAAGUCACAAUGUUGGCACAGGAGAAAUCUAAAGAACAAGAGGUAAUCACAGAGGAAGAAGUCGUCAAAGUGCAAAAUGAUCCACAACUGGAAACAGCAUAUCGAUUACUGCUAGAGAGGAAGCAAAAAGAAAUAGAUAGUCGAAAACAAUUGGAAGAUGAGCUUCGAUUCCUUCAGGAGAAACUGAAGAGGCUGGAGAAAGAGAAGUCCAUUGCUGAAGAAAAGAUUUCCAUUAAAGAAGUUCUGAAGGUUGAAAAAGACAUUGCAUUUGAAAGGGAAGUUGAAAAUCUUAGGCGAAAUUAUGAAGAUGAAAAGGCAAAACACAGGUCCUCUCAGAGGGAGAAAGCAGACCUGCAGAGGAAGAUUUCCAGCUUGGAGGAAGAGAAGUCGAAAGUCAUCAUUCAAGAGAAAAUGCGAGAGAUUGUUCGUCCUGAUCCAAAAGCUGAAAAUGAAGUGGCUAACCUCCGCCUUGACCUCAUUGAACAGCAGAGAAGAUACAAAGAUGCAGAACUGCAGCUGAAAGCUCUUCAGGAGGAACUGAAGAUGCUCCAGAACAGGGGCCCACAAGUUGAAUAUAAGGAAAUCAUUAAAGAGGUCAUCAAAUACAAAACGGACCCAGAGACUGAAAGGGAACUGGAAAAACUCCGGAAUACAAUUGUAGACAAAAGUCAUCAAAUUGAGAAGGCAGAGAUAGAAAUUCGACAGUUAAAGGGUGAGAUUCAGAGGUGGAAGGACACAAAACCUCAAGUCCAGACAAAGGAGAUACUGAAUGAAGUUCUUAAGUAUCGUGAAGAUCCAAAAACCAAGGAAGAGGUGGAAACCCUCAAGAGGAAGCUUGCAGAAGAACAGAAGAGGCGAUUGGAAUUGGAGAGUGAGAGGGCCAGCAAUGAGGAAAAGAUCAGACUACGAAAGAUAGACCUUUCCCAAGUGAGAGAAAAGGUUGUCCAGCAGGAAGUUGUGAAAAUGGAAGAAGACCUGGUUCUGAAGUCUGAAUGCCAGACAUUCUCUCAGAAUAUUAUCAAUGAACAGAGACAAAAAACAAUCCUUAAAGAAGAGCUUGCAAAACUCCAGUUACAAAAGUCAGAUCUGGAAACCCAACUACAUGAGCUUGAGCAGGAACGUAGGGCUCGUCGAGAAGCAGAAUUAGAAAUCCAGAGGUUGAGAGUCCGCCUCAAUGACCUUGAGAUCAGGGACAAGGAGAAUAGAGAGAAGGUGACAGUAAAGCAGAAGGUGGUGCUUCAGCAGGAUCCCCAGCAGGAAAAGGAACACUCCAUCCUCAAAGUACAAGUGGAAGAGGAGAGACAUAAACGAAUGCUGCUUGAGAAAGACCUUGAUAUUCUUUUGCAAAAACAGGUGACCCUUGAGAAAAUGGAAGUGCGAGAAAAAGUCGUCCGUUCAGAAAAAGUUCAGGUUGAGAAAGAUCCUGAGGCUGAAUUUGAGAUAGAGAGGCUCAAGAGGAGCUUAGAGGAGGAAUCAAGGCGACGACGUGAGUUGGACCAGCAGCUUACUGACCUCAACUCCAAGUUGUCUGACCUGGAGUUCACAAACACUAAGUCUUCGAAAGAACUUGAAUACAUACGUGAUGAAAGUGCCAAGCUGCAACAGGAGAACCAGAGAUUACAGAAUGAGAUCAGGAAACUGCAGGCAGAGAUCCAGAUUACAGUCAAAGAGACCAAGCAGAUUACAGAGUCUUCACCAAUGGAGGUUGGGAAGAACCUGGAGCUGAGGAUUUCUUCUCUUCAGAAGGAACUCGCAGACCUGAGGAGCAUAACCAGUGAGAAAGACAGGGAAAUAGAGAAUCUCCAAAAGAAUCUCUCUGCCAUGAGGAUUAAGAGGGAACAGAGGGAGAGCCAUCUCAGACGAUCCAUAGUUGUCAUUGACCCAGACACAGGAAAAGAAAUGAAGCCAGAAGAAGCAUACAAGGCUGGCCUUAUCGAGUGGAAGAUGUUUGUAAACCUUCAGAGUCAGGAGUGUGACUGGGAAGAAAUUACUGUUAAAGGCCCCAAGGGUGAGUCCUCUGUUCUUCAUGACAGGAAAUCGGGGAUGAAGUUUUCCAUUGAAGAUGCUUUGAAAGCUGGUAACAUCAGUGACAGACAGCUGCAGCAGUACCAUAACAAAGAAAUCACCAUUCAAGAGUUUGGCUUGAUGGUUUCAGGGAGAAAACAAAACAGUUGAAAGAAUAUUUUAUGACUGGAGCUAAUGUAAGUGACUUAUCACAAUUUUUAUAUGGUGUGAGUUGACAGUUCAAUAUUGGUAUUUCUGGCAAAGUUUAUGGAUAUAUUAACUUCUUUCUUUCAAGCUCUGGAUAUUAACAUGUUUAUUUUUAGAUGCAUACAUAUAUGCACAAAAUUGUUUCUUUUGUCAAAUCCUGUAGUACUCAUGAAUGAGAUUUAAUUCUUUUGUUGGGAUAAAUAAGUCAAAAUUCACCUUUUUGGGUACCUUCAUAUAACACAUUGUUCAGAAAAGUAAAAACAUAAAUUAAUAGCAGGAA